UCUUCCCUCAAAACCCCAAAUUUUAUAGUUUUAUGCUGUCUCAAUUAAAUAUGAAUGUUAAGUUUGUGGGCAAUUGAAACUAUUGUUAAACUGUAAGCUGUUGAGGGUAUUUUUGGAACUCUAUUUAGUUUCCACCAUCAUUCAUUUAGCUUUUGCGAAAUGAAUAAGCCAAUUGUUGUUACUAUGAUAGUCAAACUAUAAAAAGCAUUUGCUCCUUGAAGAUGAGAAAUUUAAGUAGAUUAUACAUGAUUGGUCUUCUCCUGAAGAAUGAUAAGACAAUUUUGGACUGUGGUUGGACUCCAGGUGACAUUUGAUGUAAUAAUUUCUAUUUCAGCAUUCACUGAUGAGUAAGUGAGACUUGGAGCAGAGAAUGGCAAAUUCUUAUGUCACUACAUCUGAUGGUUACUGUUUUGCUGAACCAGUGCAAUACUAUGAUAUUCUGCCAGAGCAAAUCAACUAUCAGCUGCACGACACUGAUUUUCAAGAAUCAGCUUAUUGCCAGUACUCUACGGUCCAGUUUCCAACAGCUCUGCAGUCCCAAUCUUUACAAAGUCAUUUCAACACUUACAGCUUGGAUCCACAGUUCGGUGGUGGAGAGUGUGGAUUUGGUUCCUAUGAACUAAAUAAACCCACUUAUGUGGUUGACCAUGAUGCUGAAGAUGGAUAUUCUGGAAUAAAAAGGUCCAGACUAACUCACUCUUCUAUUCGGAUUAAGCGACAGGAAGAACUCUGUGUAGUUUGUGGUGAUAAAGCAUCAGGAUAUCAUUAUAAUGCACUUACUUGCGAAGGUUGCAAGGGUUUUUUUCGACGUAGUAUCACCAAAAAUGCAGUAUAUCACUGCAAGAAUGGUGGCCACUGUGAAAUGGACAUGUACAUGCGUAGGAAAUGUCAAGAGUGCAGACUGAAAAAGUGUAAGGCAGUAGGAAUGCUGGCAGAAUGUUUGCUCACAGAAAUCCAAUGCAAAUCAAAGAGACUUCGAAAGAACUUUAAACAGAAGAAUAGUUUUUACUCUAGCAUCAAAGUGGAAGAGGAAGGACUAGACAACAAGCUUGUAUCAUCCACCACUAGAGCUGGAAAAAUGAUUAAGGAGAGUAUGGAACUAACUCAAGAGGAACAUCAGCUCAUUAAUAACAUUGUGGCUGCUCAUCAAAAAUAUACAAUUCCUUUAGAGGAAACAAAGAAAUUUCUGCAGAAGUAUGUAAAUCCUGAACUGAGCUUUUUGAGACUCUCGGAGACAGUGGUCCUACACCUACAGGGGUUAAUGGAUUUUACCAAGGGACUCCCAGGAUUUGAAAAUUUGACAGCUGAGGACCAGACUGCAUUAUGCAAAGGAUCAAAAACUGAAGUGAUGUUCCUUCAUGGGGCCCAACUUUACAGUCAGAAAGAAUGUCUUUCAUCAGCUUCUGAAAGUCCUAUGAGAAUAUCAGAUCAUUCAGAUCAUUCACUGAAUUUUCCCAAUCAGAGUGAUAAUAGAAGUGUUAUUUAUUCUAUGGAAACAUUUUGCAAUGAAGACUGUCCACCUACUACACUGACUGGUAUUGCUGAAGAAUUUAUUACCACAUUGUUUUACUUCUACAGAAGAAUGAGUGAACUUAAUAUUACUAAUACUGAAUAUGCUCUGCUUGCAGCAACAACUGUGUUUUUUUCAGAUCGUCCAUACCUUAAAGAUAAGCAGCAUGUGGAAAAUAUACAAGAACCCAUUUUACAAAUUUUGUACAAAUAUUCAAAAAUUUAUCAUCCAGAAGACCUACAGCAUUUUGCUCGUCUCAUAGGGAGGCUCACUGAACUGAGAACACUGACUCACAACUACUCAGAAAUACUUAGCACCUGGAAAGCAAAGGACCCCAAAUUGGCUAGUUCACACUUGGAGAAAUGGAAUUUGUAUUCACAUUGUUGAAAUUUAGAAUGUUGUGGUUUGUCUUAAAACUUUCUCAAUCUAGAUUUUUGACUCUAUCAUCAUAGGAUGACUGAUUUGAAAAACAAACAGGUUUGCUAGGUAACCAAUAUAUCACCAUAAAAUGGAUGUCAUCAGUGCUCAUCAAAUUUUGUGGAAUAUAGGACGAACCACUAGAGGGACAUCUAGGAUUCCUUUCAAGAUUUUACUCAAAAGAAGCAAUGACUAUUUUGUUACCGUAUGGUUCCUUCAAAAGGGAAUAAUGUUAAAUAG